CAAUGGCGGCCUGGGAGUCAACCACAUUGGACAAUGGCUUGGAGUUUCGCACCGUGUGGGACCCAUGAUGACGUAUUGGGUUCUCCCAAAGAGCGGUAUCCCCAUUUCUGUGAAUACUGUCCAAAUGGUAACCAACGCUGAACAGCAAACUGAUUCCAUCAAACAACAGAUGCAACGUUGGACAGCUGAUGUCUCUAAGAUAGUUGACGCUAAAUCUACUUACAUCAACUGGGGGAAGGAAGACAUUCCUCAUCAAAAGAUGUUUGAUUUUGACGACGAGGAUGACGAAUUUAUGCGCAACUUUGGUAUGCUCAUCCAAAUGAAGGCUACCGUGCUAUUGCACACGCAUGCAAUGGUUUGUGUUCGUAAGUGA